AGCCACACAAUCGGCACUCCUCCCGCUCCCCUCCCCCUGUACUGUCUGUACCCAAGCCAUAUACUCAGCUGCAGUAGAUUGUAAUGGCCUCAAACAACGGUACAUCCACCACCACCACCGUCAACCGAGACCCACCGGAAUCUAAUCUUCCUUCUCAAUCCCUAACGCCCGCCGAGGCCGUCGUCAAUCUUCAACCUCGGGCGGCGGAGGCACAAGCGGCAGAUGAAGUAAAUGACAAUCAAGGGUCAGAAGAAGGUGGAGAAACCGAGAAGAAGGCAUCGGAGACGGUCGAGAAGUGGCCCGGAUGGCCCGGAUACAACGUCUUCAGGUUGAUAGUGCCAGUGGGCAAGGUGGGCAGCAUCAUCGGGCGCAAAGGAGAGCUCAUCAAGAAGAUGUGCGACGAAACUCGUGCUCGAAUUCGCAUCCUCGAGGCACCAGUUGGCACUCCAGAUCGAAUUGUUCUAAUAUCUGGAAAAGAAGAGCCAGAUGCACAUCUGCCGCCUGCCACCGAUGCUGCAGUAAGAGUGUUCAGACGUGUUUCUGGUCUAUCUACUCUUGAGGGAGAUGAUACUGGCACAGCAGUUGCAGGGGCUGCCUUUUGUUCCAUAAAGUUAUUGGUAGCAUCUUCACAAGCUAUCAACUUAAUUGGAAAGCAAGGAUCAACAAUUAAAUCCAUACAAGAGAGCACCGGUGCUACUGUGCGCAUCUUAGCAGAAGAGGAAUUACCCUCUUAUGCUACUUCAGAGGAGAGACUUGUAGAUAUUCAUGGAGAAGCUAUGAAGGUUCUCAAAGCCUUAGAAGCUGUGUUGGGACAGCUAAGGAAGUUUUUGGUUGAUCACACUGUUAUUCCCAUUUUUGAGAAAACUUACAAUGCACAAAUAUCGCAGGAGCGUCCAGCUGCAGCUGCAGCUGCAGCUGCAGCAGAUACUUGGGCUGAUAGAACUCAGCCAUCUCUGCAUUCAGCUCCUGCUCAACAGGCUGGGGCUGGGAUUGCUUCUGAUUAUUCCCUGUCACUGAAGCGGGAUCCUUUAUAUGAACGUGAAACUCAUCUUGAGCCUAAAAUCUCACAAUCAGUGCUGCCACUUCUUGGAGAUCGUGGACUUGGAGGAGUGCGUUCAACAGGACUUAGUCGUACUGCUGCACCUAUAGUUACUCAGAUGACACAGACAAUGCAAGUACCAUUAUCAUAUGCAGAGGACAUCAUUGGUAUUGGUGGAUCAAAUAUUGCUUACAUUCGUCGUACCAGUGGAGCGAUCCUUACAAUUCAAGAGAGUGGAGGUUUACGAGAUGAGAUCACUGUAGAAAUUAAGGGCACCACUACACAAGUUCAGAUGGCUCAAAUGUUAAUCCAGGAGUUCAUCACCAACCACAAGGAACCAACCACUAGCGUUUAUGACAACGUUGAUACAGGGCUGGUUUCAUACUCACAGUUGCCAGAGACCAACUAUCGUCCAUCUUAUUCAUCACAUCUAGGAGGUGGGUAUGGAUCUUCUGAUGUUGGGAGUUAUGGGUCCUCCAGCUUGGGCGGAUAUAGCAGUUAUAGGUAUUGAUCUGUUAUCACGAUUGGAUUGCUUGACUAAUUUGUUUCAGUGAGUACUCUUAGUACAGCUGAGAAAUUUGUAGCACGUCUUGACCAAGACUUGCAUAACUUUUAUCUGAAACUAUGAAAGGAGAGAUGGUAGAUAGUACUUGAUCUUCUAGCAUUCUUCUUGCUCUUAUAUUUUAUCUUUUCAUGUUAAUAUUGUGUUCUUAUUUAGUACAGUAUAAACAGAGUCAACAGACUCAAGUUUAUUGCUUAUAGUCAGGAUACAUUUGAAAUG